AAGAGCGAGGCAACCUUAAAACUCCAGCUCUUGCACUAUUUCCCUCUUCCUCUCCUCCCUUCGGGAUUUUCUCCGUAAGCUUCUCUAUAUCCCAGAAAUCUUCAUCGACUUCAAAAACGAGAAGCCCUAGAAUCAAUUUCCACUCUCUCUCUCUCGAUCAAAUAGACGCGGUUUACGACAAUACUGGAAAGAUCCUUUGCGUCUGCUAUUUCACUGGAACGGAGUUCAAAUUCCACAGCGAAGCCAUCCACAUCCCCGAGGAACAGAUUCGAUUGGAAUUCCAGUAAACGAAGGCCUGUAUUUCCUUCGGGUAAUAAACUUCCCUUUGCUGAUUUUGUGUGCCGUCCUUGCUCUGUUCAAGCUUCUUACUGUUCUCGGCAUUGUUUUUCAGAGGUAUCUGUAAGGAACAUGGAGAAAGCUGCAAUUGAUUCUGCCUCUGAUGGCGAGGAAGAAUAUGUAUUGAUUGACCUGGGGGAUGUAUCGCUGCUUGACAUCCCACCCAAUGCCCCAUAUGUUCUAUCUGGUUUGGACACUAUGAAUCCAAUCUUAACUAUCUGCGACAAAAUUAAGAUGAUUGGAGAAUAUGAAGAAACCAUAGGUACAUGUCUUACCUUUGCGGAAGAGGAAGUCUCUAUGGUUGAAGAAGAAGCUGUGCCAUCUAAAACAAAUCGUCGCUCGGAAAAAGCAGUCGAACCACAUCAAGCUCCUAGAAAGGAUCUGAAGCCCGUUGCUUCUGUACAUAAGAUCCUUAAAUUUAAGUUACUUGAUUCUGUUGAUUCUGCUGUUCCAGACUCAACUUCUUAGUCAUUAAAUUUUUGUAUAUUACUUCACCCCGAUCUAUUUAAUUCUUAGUUUCCCAUAUUAUUGUAACGAGUUUUAAAGUUUUGGAAUAUACAUAAGAAAAGGUUUUCAUUCAU